AUGGACUUUUCACAGAUGAACGCGGCCGAGCAGGCCCAUAUGUCCAAGGUAAUUGAGAAGAAGCAGAUGCAAGACUUUCUGCGCAUGUACUCAAAUCUCGUGGAGCGAUGCUUCAAUUCAUGUUGCAACGACUUCACCAGCAAGGCACUGUCAUCAAAAGAGGAGCAAUGCGUGAAUAACUGCACAGACAAGUUUCUGAAGCACUCGGAGCGGGUGGGUGCUCGCUUUGCGGAACACAAUGCCGAGGCAAUGGGCUCAGCGCCUAUGAAGUAG